GAAAGGGCCAUGUAACGUGCGCCCAGGGCAUUGGUGCUGAUACAAACUGGCAGAAACAUCGAGUAGAAAUCACAGGCUGCACCACACUGCUCACUCAGAGACACAUGCAGCAACUACCUUCCCUCUUCCUUUUGACCCUGGCUGGGUUGUGUUUUUCAGCAGCUCUUCCACAAACAGCAGCCCCUCUUUUUAAUAAACCGUUUGUGGUUAUAUGGAAUGCUCCUAUCUACAAAUGCAAUCAACUGGAUGUCCCAUUGGAUUUGGAUGUGUUUCAGGCCAUCACCACACCAGCCAAAGUCCCGAACCAAACACUGACUCUUUUCUACAAAAAUCGAAUAGGACUCUUUCCUUACGCAGAUGUUAAAACUUUGACACAGUACAAUGGUGGCAUUCCACAAAAGGGAAACAUAACUGCCAGUCUGCAAAAAGCCAAAAAAGAGUUCAACCAGUACAUUCCAUCAUCUGCACCUGGCCUGGCUGUCCUUGACUGGGAGGAGUGGUUUCCUUUGUUUGAUCGAAAUACAGACUUAAGAGAGAUCUAUAAGGCAAUGUCCAUAAACUACACCCUUCAGCAGAAUCCCUCCCUUACAAGCAACCAAGCUACACUGAAAGCCAAAGAGCAAUUUGAGAAAGCAGCCAGAAGUUUCAUGGAAAAAACAUUGCAGUUAGGAAUCUCACAAAGACCAAAUAUUCUCUGGGGCUUUUAUUUGUUUCCUGACUGCUACAACUACGAUUUUGAGAAACCAAGCUAUACAGGGAGAUGCUCUCAGACCACAACACAGUUAAAUACUGAACUUCUCUGGCUGUGGGAGGCAAGCACUGCCCUCUUCCCAUCAGCAUACAUGCCUGUUUCUAUAAGUGGAACCCAGAAAGCAGCCCUAUUCAUCCGAAACCAGGUGCUAGAGGCAAAGAGAGUGGCAGAUAUUCCUCAGAGGCCCUACACUGCUCCUAUUUAUUUGUACUUGCGACCCCUUUUGCAAGAACAGAAGGAGAAAUACAUGCGAGAGGUCGACCUGAUUCAGAGUAUUGGUGAGAGUGCAGCUCUGGGGGCUGCUGGAUGUGUGCUAUGGGGAUCUAGCUAUGAUUUCAAUGACAAGGCAUCAUGUGAAUCCCUUUCUACAUACUUGUCUAACAUGCUAAAUAAAUACAUAAUCAAUGUUACAACUGCAGCUGAACUCUGCAGUGAUCUGCUGUGUCAAGGUAAUGGGCGCUGUGUCCGUAAAACCUAUGAUUCAGAUGACUACCUACACCUCAACAUAAACAGCUUUAAUAUACAGAAGAUUAAUGGGAUGUAUAAUGUCACUGGGGAACCUUCUAUCACUGACCUCACUGCCUGGGCUGACAAGUUCACUUGUCAGUGCUAUGAGGACAAGAAAUGCACAGGAUUGCCCUCAGGAUUUGAGUAUAGUGAUAGACGAUUCAUUGGACACCUGACAGUACUGCUUGCUACAUAUCUGCUAGGUGAAUUGUUGUAGUUUUCAAGAAAGUCACACAUUUUACACUAAAUGAAAUGAGGAAAUAAACAUUCCUGAGAAUUCAAUUCAACAUCUUAAGAACACUCAUUUCCUCCUGUCCCGAAUCCUGCCAUUAUAAAUGACUACAUUCCACUGAUUACCUGUGUGUUUUAUCUUUAUAAGAUUUGAUGUUUCUUUAAAUGGCUGAAGUAAAUGUUCACUACUAUAUAAAUAAUGUCCAGUGUAUGUAAGGAAUAAUUAACUACGGACCAUUUAAUUAUUAGAAAAUAAUGUACACUCGAUGAAGCAGAGAAGCCGUUACACAUCGGGUGUGCUUUAUUUUCAAAUAAUUCAAUGGACCAGA